AACGCACUGUUACGUCUACGCUACCCAUCAGCCCUCUGAUGCAGAUUUGGUGGUGCAGGUCUAAGAGCAUUUGUUAAGGUGAAAAGUAUUGAUUCGACCGAGUCGUCGAAAUGGGUGAAAGAAAAGGAACAAACAAAUACUACCCUCCAGAUUUUGAUCCAGCUAAGCAUGGGUCCCUCAAUGGAUAUCAUAAGACCCACGCUUUGCGGGAGAGGGCCAGGAAACUGUCCCAGGGCAUCCUCAUCAUCAGGUUUGAGAUGCCCUACAACAUCUGGUGUGAUGGCUGCAAGAAUCACAUCGGCAUGGGGGUCCGUUACAACGCUGAGAAGAAGAAAGUGGGGAACUACUACACCACGCCAAUCUACAGGUUCAGGAUGAAGUGUCAUCUGUGUGUCAACUACAUUGAGAUGCAGACUGACCCGGCGUCCUGCGACUAUGUGAUAGUCAGCGGGGCGAGCAGGAAGGAGGAGCGCUGGGACAUGGAGGAGAAUGAGCAGAUCCUCACCACAGAGCGGACAGAGAAAGAGAAACUAGAAACAGACGCCAUGUUCAAACUCGACCACGGCGGGAAGGACAAGGAGAAACUCAGGAAGGCUCUGCCCUCUCUGUCUGAGAUUCAAGACUACCAGUCCAGCUGGAAGGACGACUUCCAACUCAACAGCUCCCUCCGCAGGAAGUUCAGGACAGAGAAGAAGGUUCUGGCUGAGCAGGAGGAGAAGGACAACUCUGUGAGGAUGAGGACCAACCUGAGCAUCCCACUGUUGCCGGAGAAGGACGAGGACAAGAAACUGGCAGCACUGCUCACCUACCAGGCACCUGACUCCUACGAGGACAAGCAGCACAGCAAGCGGAAGGAAAUCUCCUCUCGUUCGUGGUUCAACUUUCCGUUGGCUGCUCCUGGAGGUGCUGCAGGCAGUCUGCUCCACAAGCUGGGCCAGCAGGGCAAAGAAGCAGCCGUGGCCAAAGCCCUGAGCUCCUCACACAGCUCACUGAUCCGCAAACGCAAACCUGAACUCUGCGCCACCAUCACCCGCAGACCGUCACAACCUGAAGUCGGCUCAUGUGAUGGAGAGAUUUCAAAGGAAACCCAGAGUGUCAUACCCGCACACGUCAGACAGGAAGUCACAGACACAAACAACAGAACGACUCAGGAAACAAACGGACAGACCAGCACAAAGGACUCUGGGAAAGAGACAGCGGUAGGAGUGAUCACAUCGCUGGUGGCAGACUACAGCGACUCGGACUCUGAUCCUGGACUAUGAGGCUGAAGGAGACACAACACGGACAGUUUCUGUUUAGAUUUAUGGAUGCUGAAGUUUUCUUUUGUGAGCGUGAAAAUCAACCUUUCAGUGUUUGUCUGGGCCUUAAACGUCUGCUCUAAUGUUUGUUUCUUUUUUCUUAUUGAAUAAAUGGAGGUGGUAAACCCGCCAAAGCCUG